UUUCGUCGGCAAAUCAAAUCCCGAAGAAAUUGAAUUAGCAAUUGCUACUCUGCCAGCAGCGACUAAAGUCUCUUUUCUCGCUUCCUCUCUCUGCUAUUAAAAUUAGAAUCCACCUCUUAUUCUUACACUCGCUAACAGCUUUCAUUUACCCUCUCUCUCUGUCUCUUCGCUAACACGAUGGAGAGAUAGCACCUUCUUCUUCCUCUUCUGUCUCAGAUCUGAAAACGCUGAGAGGUAUAAAUCAUCUGUGAAUUCCAUCUGACAACAUGGCUAUAGGGAAAUAUGCUAGAGUAGAUGGUAGAAGAUCAUCAUCGGGUUACUGUUCAACAGUGACUAUUGUUGUCUUUGUGGCGCUAUGCUUGGUGGGUGUUUGGAUGAUGACAUCAUCCUCUCUAGUUCCUGGGCAAAAUGGAGACGUGUCUCAGGAGAAUAAGAAUGAGGUAAAAGAACAGGUGAGUGACAUCAAUAACAGCAAUGCUCGGCAGUUUGAAGAUAAUCCGGGUGAUUUGCCUGAGGAUGCUACCAAGGGGGACAGCAAUGUCACGUCUGAAGACAACUCUAUCUUGCCAGACAAACAAGAAGAGAAGUUGGAGGAAAAUCCUGUAGAGAAGUCUUCUGAAGAUUCAAAGACAGAAGAUGCAGAUAAGAAAACAGAGGACGAAGGUUCCAAGACAGAAAAUACUGAAUCAGACUCAGAAACUACAGAAAAUAACAACGAUACUGAUGAGACUUCCUCUAAGGAAUCUGAUGAGAGUGAAAAGAAAUCUAAAUCUGAUGAUAACAAUAAGUCUGAGUCAGAUGAAAGUGAAAAUAAAUCUGAUAACUCUAAUGAAACAAUAGAUAGUAGGAUAAAGGAGAAGGUGGAACAAAGUGAUAACAAAGAAUCUGAUGAAAGCUCUAGUGAGAAGAAUACAGAUGAUAAUGCCAAAGAACAGAGUUCAAACGAGGUAUACCCUUCUGGGGCCCAGUCAGAGCUUCAAAAUGAGAUUACAACAGAAAAUGGGUCUUGGGAAACUCAAGCAGCAGAGUCAAAGAAUGAAAAGGAGUCUCAAGAAUCCUCCAAACAGCCAGCUGGGUACAAUUGGAAACUUUGCAAUGUCACUGCUGGCCCCGACUUCAUCCCAUGCCUUGACAAUUGGAAAGCAAUUAGGAGUCUUCGGAGUACUAAACACUAUGAGCAUCGAGAAAGGCACUGUCCCGAAGAACCUCCUACCUGCCUUGUUUCUCUUCCUGAAGGAUAUAAACGCUCAGUUGAGUGGCCUAGAAGCAGAGAGAAGAUAUGGUAUUACAAUGUUCCACACACUAAGCUUGCUGAAGUUAAGGGGCACCAGAAUUGGGUGAAAGUUACAGGCGAGUACCUUACUUUUCCUGGUGGUGGAACCCAAUUCAAGCAUGGGGCGCUUCAUUACAUUGACUUCAUACAAGAGUCUGUACCUGACGUUGCUUGGGGCAAACGCACACGUGUUAUCUUAGACGUUGGAUGUGGUGUUGCCAGCUUUGGAGGGUUUCUCUUUGAAAGAGAUGUACUUGCAAUGUCAUUUGCACCAAAGGAUGAACAUGAAGCCCAGGUACAAUUUGCGCUUGAAAGAGGGAUUCCUGCUAUUUCUGCUGUGAUGGGCACAAAGAGGCUUCCCUUCCCUGGGAAAGUAUUUGAUGUAGUCCAUUGUGCAAGAUGUAGAGUUCCAUGGCAUAUAGAAGGUGGAAAACUUCUUUUGGAGCUGAAUAGAGUAUUGCGACCUGGCGGUUUCUUCAUAUGGUCUGCUACUCCUAUUUAUCAGAAGCUUCCUGAAGAUGUUGAAAUCUGGAAUGCCAUGAAGGCAUUAACAAAAGCAAUAUGCUGGGAACUUGUAUCAAUCAGCAAGGACCGUGUUAAUGGAGUUGGUGUAGCCAUAUACAAGAAGCCAACUUCUAAUGAGUGCUAUGAGAAACGCUCUAAGAAUGAGCCUCCACUUUGUCAAGACUCUGAUGAUCCAAAUGCAGCAUGGAACGUUAAAUUGCAAGCUUGCAUACACAAAGCGCCGGUUAGUUCAACAGAACGCGGGUUACAAUGGCCAGAGCAAUGGCCAGCAAGACUGACCAAAGUACCUUAUUGGUUAUCAAGUUCCCAAGUUGGAGUUUAUGGAAAGCCUGCCCCUGAAGAUUUUGCUGAUGAUUAUAAACACUGGAAACGCGUAGUUUCCAAAUCUUAUCUAAACGGGAUGGGAAUUCAGUGGGCAAAUGUACGGAAUGUCAUGGAUAUGAACUCUAUCUAUGGAGGAUUUGCUGCAGCUUUGAGAGAUUUGAAUAUUUGGGUCAUGAAUGUGGUUUCAAUAGACUCCCCAGAUACUCUUCCCAUUAUUUAUGAACGAGGUCUUUUUGGUAUAUAUCAUGAUUGGUGCGAAUCAUUUAGCACCUAUCCUAGGUCCUAUGAUCUCCUCCAUGCAGAUCAUCUGUUUUCAAAGCUUAAGAAAAGGUGCAAUUUAGCUGGUAUAGUGGCUGAGGUUGAUCGGAUUCUCAGGCCUGAAGGAAAGCUUAUUGUCCGUGACACUACUGAGAUCAUUGACGAGCUUGAGAGCAUGGUAAGGUCUAUGCAGUGGGAGGUUCGCAUGACAUACUCCAAGGAUAAGGAGGGCUUGUUAUGUGUCCAGAAGUCCAAGUGGCGGCCUAAGGAGUCGGAGACACUCGAGUAUGCCAUUAUUUAAGCAUGGAUCAGAUACCAAAAUUCUUGGGUUUUGGCUGCGCAAAUUUAUUGUGUAACUGUACUUCCACUAAUAGUGAUGUAUCAUGUUAGUUAGGAAUCCAUGUAUUCGUCUUUUUUCUUUGGGUAUUAAUUUUGAUAUCCUCUAUUUAUAUUUAGAGGUUGAUGUCUUUUGCUGUAACACGGUGCCAAAGUGUGAAGGAAAUUUGAUCACAUUCUUGCAAAUGUAGAGGCCAUUGGUUUAAAAGCGUAAUAAUUGAGA